GACGUCCUCACCCCACUUAUCCAGUCGUCGUUCGUACCUGUUUUCUUCGCUGUUAUCGUGUAUAAUGCCUCCCUUGUACGCUUCAAAGUUUUCGUCGUCGGAAGCCCCGACAUAUGUGUUCAAGCGAGGUGGGCGAAAGGAGCGUGUUCAGUUCGAUAAGAUCACUGCUCGUAUAAGCAAGCUUUGCUACGGCCUUGAUAACAGUCAUAUUGAGCCUGCUGAAGUUGCACAAAAGGUUAUUCAAGGUGUAUACCAGGGAGUUACUACCAGCGAACUCGAUAAUCUUGCGGCGGAGACUGCUGCCUACCUCACGACCAAACACCCAGACUACGCCAUUCUCGCGGCCCGCAUUGCUGUCUCUAACCUCCACAAAGACACCAAGAAGAACUUCUCCCAUGUUAUCGCUGAUUUGUACAACUAUGUGAACCCCAAGACCGGCAAGGCGGCCGGUAUGAUCUCCGACGAGACUUACAGAUUUAUAUCUGAGAACGCCGAACGUCUCGACUCUGCCAUUAUCUAUGAGCGAGACUUUAACUACAACUUCUUCGGUUUUAAAACCCUUGAGCGCUCAUAUCUCUUGAAAAUCAAUGGCCGCACCGCUGAGCGUCCACAGCAUAUGAUCAUGCGCGUCGCCUGCGGUAUUCACGGCCACGACGUCGAGCGCGCUAUCGAAACCUACAAUCUCAUGUCCGAGCGAUACUUCACCCACGCCUCACCGACACUCUUCAACGCCGGCACGCCACACCCACAGCUUGCUUCUUGCUUCCUAGUGUGCAUGAAGGACGACUCGAUCGAGGGUAUCUACGACACGUUGAAGCAAUGUGCUAUGAUCAGCAAGACGGCUGGAGGUAUCGGGUUGAGCAUUCACAAUAUUCGUGCGACCGGUGCUUAUAUCGCUGGUACUAACGGCUAUUCGAACGGCAUCGUGCCCAUGCUUCGCGCCUUCGAUGCGACAGCUCGUUACGUCGACCAGGGUGGUAACAAGCGUCCGGGUGCUUUCGCUAUCUACAUAGAGCCAUGGCACGCCGACGUCUUCGAGUUCUUGGACCUUCGAAAGAACCAUGGAAAGGAGGAAGUCCGUGCUCGUGACCUCUUCUACGCGCUCUGGAUCCCUGAUCUCUUUAUGAAGCGCAUCAGCGAGAACGGCAACUGGACUUUGUUCUCUGCUGAUGAAGCUCCUGGCCUCCACGAGGUUUAUGGUGACGAGUUCGAGGCGUUGUAUGAGAAGUACGAGAAAGAGGGUCGGGGGAGGAAGACGAUGCCUGCACAGAAGCUCUGGUAUGCCAUCAUGGACGCUCAGAUCGAGACGGGUGGUCCUUUUAUGUGCUACAAGGAUGCUGCCAACCGCAAAUCCAACCAGAAGAACCUCGGGGUCAUCAAGUCUUCCAACCUCUGUACCGAGAUCAUGGAGUACUCCGCCCCCGACGAGACCGCUGUCUGCAACCUCGCAUCCCUCGCACUCCCUACCUUCAUCGACAACGGCAUCUACAACUUCCAAAAGCUGCACGACGUCGCCAAAGUCGUCACGUACAACCUCAACCGCGUCAUCGACGUGAACUACUACCCUGUCCCCGAAGCCCGUAACUCCAACAUGCGUCACCGUCCCAUCGGUCUUGGUGUCCAAGGUCUCGCCGACGCGUUCAUGAUCCUCCGCAUGGCGUUCGAUUCCGACGCCGCAAGGAAGUUGAACCAGCAGAUCUUCGAGACGAUCUACCAUGCGGCGGUAGAGGCGAGUUGCGAGAUUGCUGAAGAGGAGGGGCCGUAUGAGAGUUAUGAGGGGAGUCCGGCAAGUAAGGGAGAGUUGCAGUAUGAUAUGUGGGGCGUUACGCCGACCGAUCUGUGGGAUUGGGAGGAGUUGAAGGCGAAAGUGGCACAGCAUGGGUUGAGGAAUUCGUUGCUUGUGGCACCUAUGCCUACGGCUUCGACGUCUCAGAUCUUGGGCUUCAACGAGUGCUUCGAGCCUUACACUAGCAACAUAUACACACGUCGUGUCCUCGCUGGCGAGUUCCAAGUCGUCUGCCCUUGGCUUCUCCGCGAGCUCGUCGAGCUCAAGCUCUGGGACGACGACAUGAAGAACAAGAUCAUCGCGCACAACGGCUCUAUCCAAGCCAUUCCCGAAAUCCCAGACGACGUCAAGGCUAUCUACAAGACCGUCUGGGAGAUCUCACAGAAGAAGGUCCUCGACCUCGCUGCCGACCGAGGCGCCUUCAUCUGCCAGUCACAGAGCCUGAACGUCCACCUCCAAUCGCCGACGGUAAACCAGCUUACCAGCAUGCACUUCUAUGGAUGGAAGAAGGGGUUGAAGACGGGUAUGUAUUACUUGAGGACGAGGCCGGCGGCGCAGGCGAUUCAGUUCACGUUGGAUCAUAAAUUGGUGGAGCAGACGAAGAAGGCGCAGGACAAGGCGAAGUUGGACAAGGCGACGAAGAAGGAUGAGCUUGCGGAGAAGAAGGCGAGUGAGCUCAGAGCGACGGAGGAGGCGAAGGUCCAGAAGGCGGAUGUCAAGGUUGAUGUUCCGGCGGCCACUACCGUCAAGUCUAAGACCGGGAUCGUGACACCACCACCUGAGCGGGACGCUUCACCAGAGCCUUCACCUGCCCCUGCCCCUGCCCCUGCCACGACUGCCCCUGCUUCUAACUCGAAGGUGACUGAGCCUACCGCCUCAGCAGUAGAUCUCACUGGCCUUGAGGGUCUCGACGAGAAAACGCGCGAGGCGGCAGCGAAAGACCCAGAGUUUGCGGCGGCGUUGAGAAAGCUUCAGGAGAGGAAGUACGAAGAGGAGAAGCUGAUGUGUUCGUUGGAGAACAAGGAGGCUUGUCUGAUGUGCUCUGCCUGAGUGCGCCGUCUGAUGUUCAUGUCGUACUCACUUUCCUAUUCGCCGCCUUUCGUCCUUGUAUUCCCAUCUUCAUCAUUCUCUGUCUCUCUCCCCUCGGCAUCCCUAUGUUCUCACACGACUGACUGACGCUCUCGUAAUAUCUUUCUACUGUUUUACCUCUAUCUACUCUCUGGCAUUAUCAUCUGUUUUCCUCUCGAUUUGUUACACAUUCAUGCAUCCAUUCGUCUCUGUACUGAAUAAUUUUUGUACCUACGUAUCUGACUUGAAAGUUGAUCUGAAACCAUCGUCCUCUACG